UUUCUAACAGCUCUUAUCUUUAUUCUUAAAAUGCAGCUUUCCUUGUUGAUAUACAGUUCUCUGGAGUCGCGCGGUGUUUCUGAGAUCUUUAUAAUCUCCAAACGGGACAUUUAAAACUUUCUUCUGCUUGUGAUUCAUUCGGGCUUCUUGCGAUCAAGCGUGCGGUCUUGUAAUCAUGGCAGGCAUUGCCAAAUGUCUAAUUUACGUGUUUAUAGGAUUUCUAAUAACUAUGAGAUCGGGACUUAAAGCAGAGUCGCUGCACAAGGUUUCCUUGAAGGAUAUUGUUGCGGUUUACGGAGAAAACGGUUCACUGGACCUCAAAGGAAUUAAAAGUUUAUUGGACACAAUUGUGCAAGAAAAGCCCCUGGAUUUGAACAUUCCUGUACAUGCUCAGUGUGUGUCUGGGGAAGAUAUCUUGGUCCACUAUGGUCUUCAGAACCUCACCCAUCUGACAGAGGAGCAUCUGGUCACUAUCUGCCCUGCCCUGCUCAACCAGGCAGUACUGCCACCCUGUUCAACAGAAACUCCAGGACUCACCAACUCCAUUGAACCCCACGUGUGGGGAUAUGGCUUCCUGGCUGUUACUGUUAUCAACCUGGCAUCACUGCUGGGUCUGGCUCUCAUUCCUUUAACUAAAAAACCCUACUUCCCCAAAGUGCUCACCUACUUCAUUGGUCUGGCUAUUGGCACGCUCUUCUCCAAUGCUGUUCUCCAGCUUAUACCCGAGGCCCUUGGGUUUGACCCAAAAGUAGACAGCUACGUCCUCAAAGCCAUUGGGAUCUUUGGUGGAUUCUACGUGCUUUACUUCACUGAGAAAAUUCUGAAGAUUAUCCUAAAGACAGAACAUGAGCAUGGACAUGGACACAGUCACUUCCACCCCACAGAGAAUGUUCAACAGAAUGGUGUCAACAUUAUGGCAGACCCUGAUUUCAACUUUGCCAGCAGCGAAAAGGCCAGCAUAACAUCUGACCCCCCAGUCGAACAGGGGUCCUGCAGAUGGCUCAGAGGCAGACAGCUGUCCGGUGUGAAGACGGUGGCAUGGAUGAUCUCGCUGAGUGAUGCUCUGCACAACUUUAUCGAUGGACUGGCCAUCGGAGCCUCGUUCACUGUGUCUAUUCUCAACGGCUUUAGCACAUCUAUCGCUAUCGUCUGUGAGGAGUUCCCUCACGAGCUGGGUGACUUCGUCAUACUGCUGAAUGCAGGGUUGAGCAUUCCACAGGCCAUCUUCUUCAAUCUGCUGUCUGCCAUGUCCUGCUACGUGGGUCUGGUCCUGGGCAUCCUGUUGGGCAGCACUUUUGCCCCCAACGUCAUCUUUGCCUUUGCUGGCGGCAUGUUCCUCUACAUUUCCUUGGCUGAUAUGUUCCCUGAAAUGAACCUGAUUGCCAGAGAACAAGUGCAGAGCACGAGGGCAGAUGUCAUUUUUUUCGCAAUUCAGAACGCUGGACUGCUGACAGGAUUUUCCAUUAUUCUGCUUAUAACCAUGUUUGCUGGGGACAUUAACCUAGGCUGAGCCUCAUGUCCACACUGCCAUUAAACAGAUGUUCCCAACUGGUUUUGCUUCAGGACCCAUAUUUUACAUUGCACAUUAAGUGGCAACCCAAUACACUAUCAAAAUGUGACAGAUUAAUCUAGUGACCAGAACACCAUAGUUUGAUUGUAUGGGCAGCCUUUGAUGUCAACAACAAAAGAUAAAAGAUGCAUUUUCUCAUCUCUUUUAAAUGUUGAUAAGCCUAUAUACUGCAUUUUGCUAUCCGCAACCAUAUCACAACAGAUCUAGCACCCAUUUUGGAGUUGCGACUUGGCAGUUGAGAACCACUUCAAUUAAAAUAUUCCAUUCUGUGCCUUUCUUGUGCAGUUUCCAUUCCUGACAAUAGUCUCAUUUAAGCUAUUUAUUUGAGAAAAAACACAACUUCAUAUUGCUUAAAUAAUUGUACAGAAGAAACCUGACUAAAUCAUUAGGUGUAUAGUAAUUAAAUGAUUUUUUUUUCUUUUUCUGAAUAUGCAUAAUCUGAGGAUUUUUUUACUGUUGUAAAUAAACUUUACUCACCUGGUAUUUCGUAGAAAAUAGGCACAGAGUGAUGUAUGUAUUGUAUGUGUGUUACUUUGUAAUUAACAUUUUAAGCAAAUCAAAAUAAAGACAAACAAGAAUUGUAUUAAAAA